CAUGAAUAUGAGACAUCGUUUUCACAAAAAUUAGACCUUUGUUACAUGAAUUUUCUAAGAAGGCAAUCAAUAAAAGGACGGUAGCUUAAUAGGAUUUGUUAGCUGGUGAAUGCAAGACAAUGGCUGGCGAAAAUGGAGCUUCAGGCUUAUCGAUGGAUGAAAAAUUGACCUUUAUCAAAAGGAACCUCCAGGAGGUUCUGGGUGAGGACAAACUAGUGGAGACUUUGAAGGAGCGUGACCUGAAGGUGUACUGGGGAACUGCAACAACAGGAAAACCUCACAUUGCCUACUUUGUUCCCAUGUCUAAGAUUGCAGACUUUCUCAAGGCAGGAUGUGAGGUAACAAUUCUGUUUGCUGACCUUCAUGCCUACCUAGACAACAUGAAGGCUCCAUGGGAGCUUCUGGAGCUGAGAGUAAAAUACUAUGAGGCAGUAAUCAAAGCCAUGCUGCGAUCCAUUGAUGUUCCACUUGAAAAAUUAACAUUUGUAAAAGGCACAGACUACCAGUUAAGCAGGGAAUACACACUGGAUGUGUACAGAUUGUCAUCCAUUGUGACAGAACAUGAUGCCAAGAAGGCAGGUGCUGAGGUUGUGAAGCAGGUGACCAACGCUUUGCUCAGUGGGCUCCUAUAUCCAGGUCUUCAGGCUUUGGAUGAAGAAUACUUGAAAGUAGAUGCUCAGUUUGGAGGGGUAGACCAGCGUAAGAUUUUCACAUUUGCUGAAAAGUACUUACCACAUUUAGGAUACAAAAAGAGGAUACAUUUAAUGAACCCCAUGGUUCCUGGCCUGACAGGUAGUAAAAUGAGUUCAUCAGAAGAGGACUCCAAGAUUGAUCUGCUAGAUUCUCCAGCACAAGUGAAGAAAAAACUGAAAAAGGCUUUUUGUGAGCCUGGAAAUAUUGAAGAAAAUGGCAUUCUGUCCUUCUGCAAACAUGUACUUUUUCCAUUGAGAGGAUCGAAAGCUUUUGAGAUUUGUCGAGCCCAAGAUUUUGGAGGAAAUAUUGCAUUCAGUGUGUAUGAAGAUCUGGAGGCUUCCUUUGCAAAGCAGGAAUUACAUCCUGGAGACCUGAAGAAUGCUGUGGAAGGUUAUCUCAAUGAACUGCUUAAACCAAUCCGAGAUGAAUUGGAGACACCUGAGAUGAAACAGCUUGUUGCAAAGGCCUAUCCACAGAAAAAGAGUGGUGCAGUGAAUGCUGACACAGUGACUGCAGAUGGAGUCAGUCCUGUCAAACUGGAUAUGCGAGUUGGGCGGAUUGUGGAGGUGAAGAAGCACCCAGACGCAGAUAAUCUAUAUGUGGAAACAGUAGAUUUGGGGGAGGAAAGUCCACGCACAGUAGUCAGUGGGUUGGCAGGAUUGGUGCCAAUGGAGGCACUACAGGGCCGGCUUGGAGUGUUUCUCUGUAACUUGAAACCUGCAAAGAUGAAAGGCGUUGAAUCAAGAGCUAUGCUGCUAUGUGCUUCAAGAGAGGCGCCCAGGACUGUGGAGCCUCUCAACCCACCAGAAGGUAGUGCCGUGGGUGAGCGAGUUUUUGUUGAAGGCUAUUCAGAUGGCACACCUGAAGAGCAGCUUAACCCUAAGAAGAAAAUUUGGGAGAAACUUCAGGCUGAAUUUAGAACAUCAGAAAAGCGUGUGGCAGAAUGGCAAGGAAACGUCCUCAUGACAAAGCUGGGGGCAGUAACAUGCUCCAGUCUUAGUUCAGUACCUAUCAAGUGAUCUCUUUUACUUGUGAAUCCUCGGAGCGACACACUUUCCACAGUUGAUUUGUUCUGGUUGAAAACUCAGUGACUAUGAUGAAAGCCAUUCUAUAAAAUAGGAAAUAAUGAGUCCACUCUUUCAGAUCUGAGAAAAAAAUUGUAUGUCUGUCUCAUUAGUUAGGAACAUUGAUGAAGUUUAUCAUCAUCCUUUUUUGUCAAAUUAGGUAUCUGUUGAAAAAUAUGCUUUGCAGUUAGGUAAAAAGAUGUGCACAAAUUCUGGAAUGUAAAAAUUAAAGUUCUGAAAGGUCACAGUAUGGAUAAGACUGUUGCAGGCUAGUCUUUCUACCUCUUGAUGAUGGUGUCUGGACAUUUUGAUCUUUCUUCCUUUGCUGUAAUUGCUUGUUAGACAUAAUUUAAAUGCUUAUUGUCAUUAGCUUUUUUGUUUGUACCCUGUUAUAUGCACAAUGUGAUAUCUAAGCUUUGGGACAAAGGUACUUUAUCUAAUUGGAACUAGAACCAAUUGUAAGGGGUUUAAGGCUUAAUGGACACAAAAAAGCUUAAGCAUUCACAAUGCAGCAAACAGUAGCUGAGCAACAAAAGCGACUCAGCCAGGUUUUUUUUUUUUUUAUGUAAAGUGAUGAUCAAUGGACAACUUGGCUUUUUUAUUAACUUCUGUAUGAUUAAGCUUGACUGAUUAGCAUUUUGUCUGUUUAGGCAGUACUGUUGUUGAUGUCAGCAAAUCAUCUCGAAUUCAAGAGAGCAAAAAAAUGAUAAGUGUUCGAACAAGAAUUUGUGUUGACAAAACUAAUUUAUCUUUGUAAUUCACAUUUUCCCUCAAGGAUCUCUUGGUGAAGAUAGAUAAAGAAAGAAAUUUCUUUACAGCCAUAGGCAUGUUUUUUUGCUGUCAAGAACAAGGUUUUCCAUGAACAAUGUUUUGAAUGAAGGUGGAAUUAUAAAGGAAAAAAAACUGAACUCAAUCUAGGUUUUUGAUUUUUAUCAGCUGUAUUCUUGUGAGGCAUAAAUUAUGGCAGAGGACAAAAUGUGAAUUCGUAAUUCCAUUUCCACUUCAUUCUUACAAGUGAAGAAUAAAACCAGUAAAAACUUGA